AUGCCCGAAAAACCAACACGAAGCGCCCUAAGUCCUCUUUCCAAACUUGUCAAACAUCCACUGUCAGUGCCAUUCUUCCCACUGCCACCAAAAUUCUCAAAGACCAGAGGCUCAUCGCCUUUGACGAUAUUCACUGCACAUUCUAACAAAUCCCAAAAGCCCCUGAACAGCUUCUUCCUGUCGAAUGGCAACAAAAGGUCCUUCUCUUCUUCUUCCUCCUCUUCCUCCUCCUCUUUCUCUUCGUCGUCUCCGUCAUCUCCUUUAGCAUCUAGUCCAAGUGAUAUUGUGAAGCGUCACUCCAUCUCUUCAACUUCAUCUCUGACUACCACCUCUUCUUCAUUAUCGUCGUCCAAAAAUAAGUCGUCCUCAAAACACCCAAAAUAUCGUAAACCAAGCCAUCGCCGGUCAAUCGUUGGCUCUAAUUGUGCCCUUUGUGCUGAUAAAUUUCAAGUAUCACUUGCAGCCACCGAGACAAAAAUCAUCGAAUUAACAUGUGGCCAUGAUUGCCAUUGGGAUUGCUUUUUGGGCCACAUGGACCGUCAAAAUAUUAAUCAAUUCCCUCAUUGCAUGACUUGUGGCAAGGUUGUUAGACCAGCAAAUAGUCAAGAUUUGGAGGCAAUCUUGGAACUGGCAUUGUCAAGAGGUGGCAAUGAGUUCAUGUACCCAUUAAUGCCAGUGUAUGAUGCCUCAUUAGGUUCAGAGAUAUUGAUAUCCCCAACUUACUUAGAAGACAAAUCUUUGGUAACCCCAAUAACUGCUUCGACCAUUAAAUCAUCCUUUAGUGAUAAGGUAUUCAAUGGGCAACAACUGCUGGCCGACGAAUAUUUGCAAAACCCCUUCUUAUCGUCCCCAGAAAUCGGUAUCAAUAUUGAAGAAGAGCUACCACAAGUUGAACCAAGAGGCUUAGUUAGUCAUGAUGAGCAACUUAUCGAUGAAAUGACAAAGCCAAAAAUCACCAUUAUUCCCGAAUAUUCAACAUUGGUCCUCAAUGAAUCCACAAAAAAACAUGAAUUGCCAUGCGUUUUGAAUAUUCAAUUGAAUGAACACUGUUUACCCAAUGAUUUGCAACAGGAUGAAAUCGAAGUGGAACAUGAGAACCAUAAAGUAUUAUCCAAUUGGGUUAUACAAAAUAUGCUUGGCAAACUUGACAACUUUGCCAAUUUCAAUAUCACGCCUUGCAAAGUUAAAGAAGACGCUUUUUUAAUCACUGAAAAUUAUCAAGAAAAUCAAGAAAUUAAUGAUGAAAAACUGAAAGUUGAUGAUGAUGAUGAUGAUGAUGAUGGUGACAUGCUUGUGAUGUUCGACGUUCUUCAAGUGGAAGAAGCUGGCGAUUGGGAAAUCUAUCAAUUCUACCUUUUUGAUAAAGGUAAGCUUUUGCUCGUUGAUGCUUCUAAGAAUAUGGUAUGCGGAAAUAUCAAGUACAAGUCUGAUUUGACCUCAAUAACCAAGCAAGACGUGAAUACCUUGAUCCUCCGAUUCUCGAGCUUGGAACUUCCUGAGCUCAAGAUCAAGUCAUCGGAUAGACUCAUCAUUAGAAAAUGGGAGAAUUACCUCAACUAUCAAAUCAACAACAGUAAAAGUUCCAUUGGAUUGAAAUCCAAUAAUUGCUUGACAUCCAAGAUGACUCCAUUCGUCCCUUUGAUUCAAAUGACCACAAAUGCCUGGGGACUAAUUGAUCGACGCUUCAUUCCCGAAGAAGUUAAGCACAUGAACGAUUUGCUUGCCAAUUCCAUGGAAUUACCUUUACCUUUAUUGAAAAAACUUAUCCCGAGUCCUGAUGCGCCUCCUAUUAGAUUGAUAAUGUGCAUUUCCCUCAUUAAUAAACAGUUUCCCAAGAUAUCUAAUGAGUGCUAUAUGAAUCAAAUCAAGGAAGUUGUCAAAGAUGCAAUUACUCAUCUAAAUCCAGCCUGUGAUAAAUUCGGAUUUGUUUAUAUCCUGAAACAGGUAGAUAAUAAGACCAUCAAGAAGAUUCUGAGUUAUAUCACUGGUAUUUCUGAUUGGGAGUCAAUGGAAAAACAAUUUAACUAUUUGCAAAUCUACGAUGAUGAUCCAGACCAACAAAUAAAUAAUCUUGAAGAGCAAGUAUUAUAUCUAGAUGCUUCAGAAAGACUUCUUGAAUUCUGGGGUGACUGUGAAUAUGAUCCAACCAAACCUGAUUAUGAAAACUUCCAGUAUGUGAAGAAGCUUCUCAUGAUAACUGAUGGGUAUGAGGAUGCUAAAACCGGCAAUUAUAAUAUGCAGAGUUAUCAAGACAAAGUAUAUAACAAAAUGUUAGGCAAACUUCUUAAAAGAAUCAUCAGAAGUUUCAAAUUUUCGAUCCAUGCCCAUCUUUCACAAAGCAAGAUUGAUCAUUAUACCAUUAGAUUUCUUCAGUGUUUGAUCAGUGAAAAUUAUCACACUUUUGGGCUGAAUUUUACUAGGAUUGGGUCAAUCAAUGAUAUUAAUAUUCCAGAUUUGAUCAUCAAUCACUGGAGAAAAGUGGUAGUCCCUUGCCUUCGAGUGAAUUUGAAGAGUUUAAAGCCUCAAUCUGUUAAGCUUUGCAAAAAUGAAUUCAAAAACAAUCAAUUGAAUCUUCUUGAAUGUCUUUUGGAAUCUCCCAAUGAUAUGGCCAAUAAUGAUGCCUGUUUGGUGAUGACUGAUAAUCGGGGUAUCAUUGAUGACGAAGUUGAAUAUUAUGGUAACAUCAAUGCCCCUUCUUCCAGUGGUUCUGGUUCUAUUAGCAGUUAUAUUAUGAAUGAUAACAGUACUGCUUCGAUGUCUACUUUAAAUGUUAAUAAGGUCCGUCGCUUUAGUUGCAAUAUUGUUGGUGCAAAUUCCUCGCCAAGAACUGAUUGUUCGAAUAUUGGCGGUAAAAAUUUAAUGUCAAGAGACAGUCUUAGUAGCACCACUAGUAGUAGCAGUGGCCUUCUAACUUCUUUGCUGAUUUGUUCCACUCCCCUUCGUACAAACUUCAAUCCCCGACUUUUUGGCUCUUCAAGAAGUUAUGCAGCAGAAAUUGAUGCUGUGUCAUAUUUGGCCAAUGAUGAUGAUGAAGAAGAAACAGAGGAUGGUAAUUCUGAAAAGGAGGAGCUUGAUAUAUUUAUAAAUGACAUUACUCCUGGAUAUUGCAAAAAUAUCAUCAUCAAUAGUGUUUUUGAUUUCAACCGUCGUUUCAAGCAAAUUAUCAAAUAUUCUACCGAUGCCACCAGAAUCGAUGAGCAAUUUAGUAAUGAGAAAAGUGGCAUUAGUGGUAUGUUCCUUUGUCCUUUGCUUCAGUACUUUGCAUCCUACGCUAAUGAAAAACUCGCUCCCCAGGAUUUAUCGGUGGAAAUAUGUCUUUCAGGAAAGAAGUACGAUGAUGAUAAUGUUUCUGAUGAAAUUACCUCUCUGUCCCAGUAUGCUGCCUCCAGAGACUCGAUCCGCAAAAGUGUGAAUAGUUUACUUUCUCGUGAAUCGUCGCUAUUCCGCACAUUAUCUACAAGAAGGAAACCACUGUCACUUGCUAUUAAUCAAAAUGAAUGUGACGAGGAUGAUGAUGAUGAUGAUGAUAAUGAUGAUGAAUUUGAGCUACCGGUGUUCACAAUUCCAUUAUCUAAUGACAGAGACCAUCUUUAUGCCAAACGUCAAAUCCAAUUGACAGUAAUUUCCACCCUAAUUUAUCUGUUGAAGUUGAUUCUGAGUAAGAAUCCUAAUGAUGCAACCCCUGAAGAAGUCAAAGCCAAAGCAAUUGCUGCCAAAUCGUUGGUAUUAGGAUUAACAUCAAGUAUUUUCGCUAUGGGUAAGAACUGCUCCGGUGUGAAUCCCGCUGCCGUUAGUGCCAUGGAUUUUGGACGAACAGCAAGUGGUAAAUUUGAUGGAGGAUUGGUUGAGGAGGAAAAAAAUUUGAAGUAUAUUGAGUAUUUGAGUUUUAUAUUGGGGUUAAUUGGUAAUCUACUCUUGGAGAAACCAGAAGAGGCAUUUGUCAGUUGUUAUGAAUUGAUUUGCGAUUUGUGUUUCCAAUGA